UAAAAUUCCAUAACAUAGUAUAAGUCAUAUGACUACAUAAUGUAUAUACAUGUGCUACAUCUACGUAUAGUUGGUCUCCCAAGAAAAUACAAAAUGGGCUGGUUGGAUUAACUGAUACAAAAACCAAUUAUGUUUUCAUGGUGUUAUAGAAUAAUAUAAACAUAGGGGUAUAACUGAAAAUCCAGGUAGAUUAAGGAAAACAUAUAAAAAACAAUAAUUAAAAAAGACAAUAAUCAAAGCAUAAAGUCGAGACCUUUGCAAGGUCAGCCUUUGCUCAAUUUUGCUUGGAGAGCAAAACACAAAGCUUGAAGCUUUCACUUUUGACGGCUACAGAGGGAGAAAGAUAAAUUUGUUUUCUUUUCUCCUUUUGGUUCAUCUGGGGAUCACGAAGGAAGUCAUAACUCCACACCAUUUUUGAAGGUGAGACUUUUGCUAGUCUCGUUGAUCUUGCUUCUCUUUUUCAUUAUCCAAUGGAAAUCUCGCUUCUUUCUUAGCAAUAAAGGGUUCCUCUUCUCCCAUUUGCGUUGUCAGUUUUAUGAGUCACGACAACGACUGUCUUCGGGAUCCGAUCCAAGCAGCUAACAUUUGGUGAUCCAUUCAAGAGGCUUUGAGAAGAAAUCAUUUUAGGCCCAAUUAAUUGUGAUAGCCCAACGUUUUUUAAGUCAAGAAAGUAACCCAUUUGCAAAUCGAUUUUUUCACUCGUUGAAGUUGUGUUUUUUGGUGGGACACAUGGCUUAAAAUGCCCUGUGCAUACUGAGGACGUGGAGGAAGGAGGAGAGAAACAAGUCUGUUUUAUUGUAUAAGAUUUUAAGUAGUUAAACAACAAUUUUGUGUUUAUACACGCAUAUACUUCACAUGGCAUGCAUGUGUUGAGAUAUAAAGACGAAGGCAAAGGAGUAAGAAUUUGAAGGUAUAGAGAAAGAGAGAGAAGAGAGAGGAUCAAUGCUGAUAAAGAGAAUAGAGCUUUGUAUCGAAAUUGUGAAGAGAACAAUGGAUUGCGUGGUGGUGGUAGCUGAAGCCGCGAGAGACUUCUUUAGCCAAGCUCCUCAGGCUCCGCCGGCUCUCCUCCGCCAUGGCCCCUAUUAUCACUCCAUCUCCUUUCAGCCUUCCGCUUACAUGAUUGGCUAUCUUCCCUGAGAUUGUAGCUCUUUGUAAUAUUUCUGUAAAUAGCAAAUUAAUGUAAAUUCUUCUUUUCCAAGAUGAUUUUUUUUUUGAUAAAGGAUUUAUCCAAGAUGUAUUUUUUUUUCCAAGAUGUAUUAUACGGAUCUAAACCUGGUCGGUGGUGUUGCAGCAGCUUUGACACAAACCACAAAGCUACAUAUCCAAGUUAUCUUGUAUACUACGUUGUUAUAAUUAAUCACGUCUCUUAUUUCACCUCAGUUUCCGAAUUGUUUUUGUAUGUGGGUUUAAUUUGCUUUGUGUUGUGGUUUUCCUCUUUGACUUUGUUUUCUGGUUUCUAAUAUUAGAAUUCGAUGUGGAACUAAAAAUAAACGUAAGAACUAAAUGUAAAUAUUGAUAUGAAAUGGGAUGAUUAUCUAUCAUAUGCCAUUUCAUGAAACUACAUUGGCCUCUCCAAAGGAGUUAUCUUCAUCAUUAUAACACAUUUCUUUGGAUUUUGAAGUUUUCGUCUUCAUCUUUUUCCGUUGUAAAUAACUAUAAUCAAGACCCAAUUAAAAAAAUAGUUAUAAGAGAGUUAUAAACAUAUGCUAGUAUAUAAAAAUACAAUACAAGAAACCAGUGUUUUUAAAACCAGACCGGCUAGCGAACCGGAAAUUUUUUGAGUCAUGGGUCAUUGUGGUUUAACCGGGUAUGAACAGAGUUCGAUCGGGUUUACUAAGAUUAAACUAAAUUUAAUGAUAUUUUAUAAAUAAUAUGCAUAUUCUUUUAAAAAAUAGAUCAUAUCAAAUAAAAUAUUUAAAUAGCCAUAAUGUGUAGAAAAACUUAAAAAUAACAAUUAAAAUCUAAAAUCAAUAUGAAAAACACAUUUAAACUUUAUUCGCAGAUCUUAUCACACUCUAAAUCUUCAUCACCUUUUAAAAGAAAAUUAUAAAUACACAUUAGGUAAAAAUUAUAUUUUGAAAUACAAAUUUCACAAACAUGAAAUAAAAUUUAAACAAAGUGAAAACUAGACAAAAACAAUAUCUUGACGUGAAUAUUAAACUUUGUGGAUCUUAUAAUUUAUGAGUUGUAGAAACGAAAAAAGAAAAAGACGAAAGACAAUACUUUAUUGAUAUUUAAUAAAUCUUAUUUUUACUUAAAAGGAAGAAAAUUAAUUGUUUCAUAAAUAAAAUUUUGGUUUAUAUACAAACCGGGGUUUGGCCGGUUCAUUGGGUCGCCGGUUUUCGGGUUUUUGACGGUUGGAUAGUGUUUUUAAAUGGUUUGAUUUUAGUUGGGUUUUAGUAUUAACCCAAACCGAAUUAUUUUUGGUUCAUGGUUCAACCCGGUCCGACCACCGGUUCGGUCUGGGUUUAAAAACACUGCAAGAAACUUAACAUAAAGUCUUCGAUUUUUUCUCUUUCUCUUAUUCCUUUAUUUAGAAUUCAUAACAUAUUUUACUACCUCCAGUAUUUAUAAUACGUUAUCAGAGGGGAGAAAAUUACUGUAAAAUAUAUAUGAAAGUUCUCAAACCUUCCCUAUAUCAAGUAUGUACGCCAAUAUGGACUACCUGUUUUGGAGAAAGAAUACUAUUAGGAAGCCAGAAGAUGAUAGAAACCCUUAUCCCUGAAUAAUCUAGUAUAUUUGGAAGGCAAGGAAUGAUAAGCUAUUCAGGAGUAUAGAUAGGAUCCCAUUGGAAUUAGUCAGAUAUGCAGAGAGUGAGUGUGAGGCCUGGUAUAACGCAAAAAGAUUCUAUACCUAUUCCUCCACAGGCACCAAUUGUUGGAGAAACACAAGCCUUAAGCUUGGAUAAUAUUUGUUUAGUGGAUGGUUCAUGGACCUCCAUAGGUCAAUUCAGCGGCAUUGGAUGGGUUUGGAAGGAUAGCACGGGAAAGAUCCAACUUAUGGGGACAUAGAACUUAAGGAGGCGUGAGACAGCAUUACAGUCGGAACUGGAAGCGCUAAAAUGGGCAAUGGAGAGCAUGCUUCAGCAUUCAACUUGUUAAAGAUUUGAGACAGAUUGCAAGGACCUGAUUGCAAUGAUAAAGGACCCCCAAGCAUGAACUUCUCAACUGAACUGGAGGUCAUUCAAAUUCUUCAGAUGUGUUAUUCGGACUUCAAGAUCAGCUACUUGCCAAGAACGCAGAAUGAAAUUGCUGAUUCUCUAGCUAGGAAUGCUCGUUCUUUUCAUUGAUCUCUUUGCUUUAUCGGUUGUUCUAUUCCGGUCUUGUUAUCCAGACCACCUCAAGUUUGAGUAAUAGAAUAGCUGUUUGUUGCAAAAAAAAAGAUGAAUGCAAAAUUGAACAAAAUAAAAAAUAAAAUUUCAUUUUGAGGAAUUAAAAAAAAUAAAAAGAUAUGAAUUUUUGUUCAUUUUGUUCCUCAUCAAAAUUACAGAGGGAAACUUUUCUUUAUAAAUUCAUUUUUCUAUAAAGAAUUUAGAAGAAAAAAGCGAGACUCACCUCUUAAUAAUUUGACUAAAAAUUUAACCUACCUGGUAUAAAUUUUGAGGAACAAAUAAUUUACCAUAAUUUUUUCUUUCGACUUGGUCACCAAUUAGAGUCAUUAUAGUUUGAAAUUGAUGAAAAUAUAUGUAUAAAUCAUUUAAUCUAAUUCAGAAUUGUUUAAGGAUUCAUGAAUCUCAGAACCAUUAAUAAACUCUUUAGAAAGUAUUUGUAAAAGUCACUGCUUUUAUAUAUUUAUUAAAUUUUGGUUAUACACAGUCAAAUAUCUAAAGAAGAACAAAAAACACGUUACAUCCCCAACAAUGAUCUAAUUUAUAGGUAGAAUAAAAUGUGAUAUAAGACGAUAUCCAAAAAAAUCGUCUAAAAGUUAAAUUCCCGUGCGAGCUCAAAGUCUCUACACAAUGAUCAAAGGGCAAGUUUCUGCACUUUUUUGUUGAUAACUCGGGAGUAUCCGACAGGUCGAGUUCGAACCGACUAGUUCCACGAGGCAUGUCUACCGGCGUUCAAUAGACUUGGUUGCUCGUAAUAGGAGUUAGAGAUACAUGUUGCUGGCCAUAUAUAUUUAGUGUCAUCUUACUAGACUUCGCCUACCACUAAACUAUCCAUGUGUGGUUCACUUUUUAUCAAGCCAAACAAGUCUAAAUUUAUUAAGAACAUGUUAUUUGCCAUAAAUCUCCUCCUUGCAGGUUAAAACUAUUUAGAUCCACCAUCCAUCGUACCAAAAAGAAAUUGAGAUCCAAGAACAUCCAUCACACUAGAAUUACACGCA